CCUUGCAAUUUUAAUAUUGGUCUAUUUCUCAAUCUCAAAUUCAUAUUCAAAUUUCUUGUUGGUUCAUACAAAGUCAUUUGUUUCAUUUCUCCAACAAAAUUUUCUUGAUUAUAAAAGAUUGAUUUCAAGUCGGAAAAAUAAUAUUAAAAUACGAUGAAUUCAUCGUCGAAAGGAUUGGAAUGGAAAGAAUGGUUACAAGGAUGGCUUCGUUUAACAUAUGAGACACUAUUUCAGAAAAUUCAUGCUAAACAUUUACAAGACCCUUUGCCUUUACCUCCUCUCAAUGGCCUAAAUUGCAUUGUCACAGGAGCCACUAGUGGCAUUGGACUUGAAAUUGCUAAACAAUUGGCUGAGUCAGGUGCACAUCUUGUUAUGGCUGUAAGAAACACAAAUCUUGCUCAUCAACUCAUUGAGAAAUGGCAAAGAAAUGAAACUGUAUCGAGGCCCUUAAGCAUCGAUGUUAUAGAACUUGAUCUCUUUUAUCUCGAGUCAGUUGUAAAAUUUGCACAAGAAUGGAAUUUGAGAUCAAAACCUCUUCAUAUUCUCAUCAAUAAUGCUGGAAUCUACUCUAUAGGACAACCACAAAAAUUUACCAAAGACGGAUAUGAAACACAUAUACAAGUGAACCAUCUUGCACCUGCAUUACUAUCUCUUCUGCUUUUGCCUUCUUUGAAAAGAGGCUCUCCAAGCAGGAUUAUCAAUAUGAAUUCCCUUAUGCAUGUAAUUGGCGUUGUGGAUCCUCAAGAUAUGAAUUUCUUAACCAAGAAGAAUAAGUUCACAAGUAGAAAGGCAUACUCGAGUAGCAAAUUGGCACAACUGAAGUUUAGCAGUAUACUUCAAAAAUUUCUAAUUAAUACUAAUAUUCAUGUAAUGUGUGUAGAGCCAGGAGCUGUACGUACAAAUGUUACGCGAGAUCUUCCAAGAAUUCUGAACGUUCUUUAUCAGAAAAUGUUCUUUUUCAUGUUUGAUGCUCAACAGGGUUCAAGAAGUGCACUUUUUGCAGCUACUGAUGCUGAGAUCUUGGAUUAUUGUGGUGUGUUGAAAGCAGAAGGGUGUAAUGGUUGUGCCUUCAUUGGUUGCCAUUGUAGAAUUAGUGAACCUAGCAAACAAGUAGAUAAUGAGAGAACUUCUUUUGAAAUAUGGAAUAAGACUAUGGAAAUGGUUGGUCUUCCUGCAAGGUGUGUUGACAUGAUUCUUCAAGGUGAAGAAAUCCAUUGCCGCUAUGGAGCUAUUAAUGAUCGUUAAGUCUGGCCUAUACAGAAAGUUUUGUUCUUCUAGUAUAAUUUUUCAAUGAAAGAGAUACAAUUGAACUCACUUAUCGAACUUCUAUAGUGAUUAUUUUAUGUGUUUAGUCAUACAUAUUCAAAAUUCUUCUAAACGAAACAUGUAAAGUUUUUCUUUUUUAUGGAAGAAACAGUUGCUUAUGAGAUGUAGUUUUAUGUUAAUUGGGUUUCAUAUUGAUUGACAAUGCCAAGACAUGCAAUAAUGUUA